UCUUCCUGGCCAUCUCACCGGCUGGCAAAGAAUUCUGGAAACUUCAGAGCUGCCAGGCCAAGGAAGGACUGAAGCUACAACCUGCUGGAUUGAAUUAUCAGCCACAAAGGCAUGCUGGUAUUUCCCUGCUGGCUGCAAUCUUCCUCUGAACACCAAGAUGCUUCAAAAAGGAUCACUUGUCUUCCUGCUUCUCUGGUCCAAAAUGGUGACCUCUACCUGGUAUGAAGGGUCUGGCUACUCUGCUGCAGAAAGGCAGACCGAUGAGGUGUACCUUAAGGAAACCUCCAGUGUUCCUGCUCCAGAUCAUCAAGUUCCUCAGUGGUGUCAUCCACUAGUCAUUUAUAAUGGAGAGGCUAUUUGCUAUUCACCCCGUGGAGGAAAUUACCGCAGCAGCCUGGGGACACGCUGUGGGAUUUCCUGCAAACGUGGGUAUCGCUUGAUCGGCCAGAGGUCUGUGCAAUGCUUACUGAACCGGCAUUGGUCUGGGAUUACCUACUGUAGACAGAUUCGAUGUCACACACUGCCAGCAUUUCAGCAUGGGUCAUACCAGUGCUCCAGUGGAGUGAAGGUUGAUUCUCACUGCGACUACAGCUGCCAACUGGGAUAUCAUCUAGAAGGUGAUCGCAGUCGUGUCUGCAUGGAAGAUGGGCGCUGGAGCGGUAGCGUGCCAAUUUGUGUAGACAUAGAGCCUCCCCACAUCCGGUGUCCGGAUUCUCGAGAGCGAAUAGCAGAGCCUGGCAAGCUGACCGCCACGGUUUAUUGGGAUCCACCCCGGGCAAAGGACUCUGCUGAUGGCAUCAUCAAAAAAAUGACACGCCGGGGCCCAGAGCCAGGAUCCGAGUUUUCAGAAGGAGAGCAUCUUAUUCGCUACACUGUCUACGACCAGGCGUACAAUCGAGCUACGUGCAAAUUUUUGGUGAGGGUCCGAGUGAGUCGCUGUCCCACCCUGAAAGUGCCCGAACAUGGUUAUCUCAGCUGCACUUCAGCAGGGGACAACUAUGGUGCCGUCUGCGAAUACCACUGCGAUGGAGGCUACGAACUCCAGGGUGCCACUACACGGGUCUGCCAGUCCAGUCGCCAGUGGUCAGGUUCUCAGCCCAGGUGUACCUCCAUGCAAAUCAACACGGAUGUCAACUCGGCCUCCAGACUUUUGGAUCAGUUUUAUGAAAAGCACCGGCUGCUCAUCGUCUCGGCUCCUGACCCCUCUGACCGCUACUACAAGAUGCAGAACGCCAUGUUGCAACAAGCCACCUGCGGGCUGGAGUUGCGCCACGUGACUGUGAUUGAACUGGUGGGCUUGCCACCUCAUGACACGGGGCGGAUCCGGGAGCUCCAGCUCUCAGAAAAGAUCGUUGAAGAGUUGAGGCAAUUCCUGCACAUCUCUCGCUCUCGCUUCAACGCAGUGUUAAUUGACAAAUACGGCACAGACCGCGACCGCUACAUCCAGCCAGUGACGCCUGAUGAGCUGUUCUCCUUUGUCGAUACUUACCUGCUGAGCGCCCAGGAACAGUUACGGCGAGAACAGAACAGGGAUGUGUGUGAGUGAGAAGGCACUGCCCGGUUGCCUUUGGCCACCAACGCUGACCCAGCGGUCUCGUUUCACAUUAGCCUUGGCUAGAGGUGAAACCAAAAAGCAACAGCUGGAUUGCAAUCGAGGGGGCCAGCAGAAGCUUCUCUCCUGAUCCUGAAAGCAGGAAAGCAGUGUUCCCAUGCCCGGUGAUUAUCCAUCAGUCUUGGAGGCACUAUUCCAAAGGACAUGCUUACUCGUACGUACACUUUUCCAUAAAGAGCACCUAGACUCUUUUGCCUGGAUCCCAAAUGUCUUCCCUUUACAGAGCAGGGCUGGAGGAAAUCAAUGGGUUUGGACCCCAAUUCCCAUCAAUCUCAGCCAGCAUGACUAAGGAUUACCAGAAUUGUGGUUUAACAUCUAGAGAACUGCAGCACGAGCCCAGCUCUAGCAAUCAUCUAAUUGAGAUAAGAGUGGUGAACGACAGGAUUUUCUGAGUUCCCCUUUCUGCUCUCUUCUUAGCUUGCCUCUCCUUUGGGGGCACGCCCAGGAGAUAGGGCUAACCAAAAAUUAAGUUGCACUCGUUAUAAACUCAUGGACUAGAAUUUUUCACCUCUCAUCCUGGUCAAACACAAUCCAACUUUCUUGAGUUUGGGGCUCUCCAAUUGGAGAUGAGGCAAGACUCUGAAACCACAGGGCUUCCAGCUUCAAGCUUACUAUUAAAAAAAAGUGUUUUGCAAACUUGGAUAUGAUGUCAGGAGAAGAGAUAUUUAAAGAGACAGGGCAGUGAAAAGGAAGGAAAUCAUGUACAGAUGUCUAUUUUGCUAUGACAGUAUCACAGGCUAUAGACAGAAGAAAACCAAUGUUAAAGAGGGGGUUCCUUGUAGACCCACAUUUCCAAGAUGCUUGUCCACAGCAGCAUCAACACUAUGGCCUGGAUUCCCCACUGAGACCAGACUGACCCUCUCCCUAGUAGUUUUUAGGAAAUCAUUAAAAACUUUUGAAAGAACUUUUCAAUAACAUCACCUAUGCCUCUUGUUGCUGUUAUGAUCUCUCUUGGUUUGGGUGAUCUGGAUUGUAUGUUGUUUUCAUUUUGCUGUUUUUAUUCUGACAUUGCAAGUGCUGAGCAUCACAAGACUGCAGCAGGAUCAAAAUGAAAGAAAUAAAUUCAUUUGUAAGACUGCUAGCUUUUAAAGCAAAAACGGGACGGUUGGGGCCCUUCAGCUGUUGCAGGCGACACCGCCUUUCGCGGUCCUCAACAUUGGCCACGCUGGCUGGGUUUAGAGAAGUUCGCAGUCUAACAUAUGGAAGCCAGAGGAUGGCUCCCCUGGCUUUAGAUUAAAAACAGUCAGGGCCAGAGGCCACUUCAAAGAAAAAAAAUGAUUAAGAAGGGGAGGGUGCUCCUACAAGCUUCCUCCUGACCUCAGCAAGCAUUAAAGCAGGAAUGCCCACUGUGUGCAGACUCAAAGAAUGAAAGGGAAAAAAAUCAAAUUCCACUAAGUCUCAAUGACUGAAUCUUCUUAAACAAACCACCACAAAAAUAAGCAUCAGAACACAAAAUCAAAGAACAUAUUCCCAGUACUGUAGAGUUAAAAGUCAAUGAACAAACUCCUAAAUGAUGGGGAGAAGGGCUCUUGUUUUCUAUCUAAAAGGCCUUUUUCAGAGGGAAUGAAGAACCACCAUGGAAGGUCUGAAAUGGGAGCUCUCCAGCAGAUCCCUUCAGUGGUGAUGAGAUCCCAGACCAUAUUGAGGCAGUUUACCAAGUUCCACUACCCCCAUCACCACCCCCUGCAUCACCACCAAUGCCAGACUUGCCCAGAUGAGAGGGACUGUAAUCUGUCUGCUAACCCACCUCCAUCCCUGACUGCUUUCUGAUCCUUUGAGACCUCCUCAAGAAGAACAAUAAAGCAGCAGCAGAUGGUUGAAGGUUUGGUGGCUGAUAGAAGAUCAUAAACAGAGCCUGGCUAGACCAGACUGAAGAUCAACCCCAUGCUUUCAAACAGAAGAACACAACGUUCCUUGGGACUGCUUCCUAAAACCAGGAUUAAGGCAACUGCUGCUUCUAAUACCGAAGAGAGUAGUCAUCAUGAUAGAUUUGUUCUCCAUUCAUUUGCCCUCCCUCCUUUUAAAACCAUCUAUUUAAUGAGGUUCUUUUCUGUCCUGGAUCCUCCGCCAUUCCACUUCAAUGAAUAACUGAAGAUUAUUCAGUUGGACAUUACAAGAGAAAAACAGACUUCUUGCUGCUUCUUUUCUUCAUAUUAGUGACAUUUUAUACAUCCUCCUCCUCCCCUCCCCCUCUUCCAGCACUAUAACCUUUCCUUGUAAGUGGAAAACGCAUGGAUGAAUUUGAU